AUGGCAAGUCCUAGUGAUGUCUAUGGUGAUCACAAAAGAACGCUUACUAGCCCCCUUGCCACAUUCAUCCUCAUUUUAGUAGCUUCUUUAGCAAUAUCUCUUAGUAUUUGUAUGUGUGUUUUUUGUAUCAUUAGAAGAAUAAGAAAGAACACACAUGCUUCUUCUUCUUCAGGAGAUUCAUCAGGUCCAUCUACUCAAACUUCAGUACAUUUACCGGGUCCAUCUAUUGAGACUCGAGUGGAUUCAGUUCCAUCUACUGAGACUCUAAUAGAUUUAGGUUCAUCGUCUGAGACUCCAGAAGAUUUAGGUCUAUCUACUGAGACUCCAGUAGAUUUAGGUCAAUCUGCUAUUGAGACAGAUUUAGGUCCAUCUGCUGAGACUCCAGCAGAUCAGGGUCCAUCUGCUUAUAUUUCAGUAGAUUCAUAUUCAUCUACUGAAAAUGUACUUGAUUCACCUUCUUCAACACGUGUUGAAUUAAGUUCCAGUGAAUCAAGUCCACGUGAUUCACCUGUAUCAGAAGCGAGUGCUUCAUCAUCUUAUGGAAUGGAGUUGCCUGAGUUGUCUUACAACUCAGAUAACCCACUUCCAUUUGAUCAGACCCGGUGUCCAAUAUGUUUGGACAAUUUUGAGUAUGGUCAAGAAAUUUCUUGUUUUUCUUGUAGACAUCUCUAUCAUAGAGUGUGUAUGCUUAGAGCCAUUUCAUGUGGCCAUGGAGUGUGUGCAUAUUGUAGAAUAAGUUAG